AUGGGUGCCAUCGGUGCCGGAUUUGCUCGGCUCAGCUGUUUGCACUGCCGACAUAUCCAUGACAUGACCCAAGUGAGCUUACUCUUGGCUGCCUCCGUUGGGAUCUUAUUGUCGGUCCGCGAUGCCAUUGGCACGUAUCAACAUGGCUGCAUCGUGCACCAACGUUACGGCUUCAGAACGUUCUGCCUAGUGGAGCUUCUCGACACACUGUUCCUGCUUCCCUGCACCUUCCAGUUGAUCUGCCUCACUGUCAACUACGACGAUCGAAUUCAGUCACGGCUGCAGGAGGCCAAGCGGGAAAAGGAACGGCUGUCAGAUGCCUACCAUCUGUGCAUCCAAGAAAUGGAUGCCAAGCUGCAUUUUGUGUCCGAGUCCAACAUCCUUCUAGUAGAACGAACGUUCGCAGACAGGAAGAAGGACUUCGCCACCUUUUUGGGCCAGCUAGCCGACCGCUGCUCGCACGUCCCAGUGCACCAGCAGGAUGCUUUGCUACGCGAACUGCGCAGCUUUAUCGAUCUUUGGCUCCGAGUCUAUGGCGAAGCGUCCAUCGACCCCGGGAAGAGGCCGCUGCAGCUUGAUUGCUCCGUGCUGGACCGGUGCAGCUCGCCAGAGGAGCUCCUGAGAGCAGCUCAAAGCAUCACGCGGUCUGCUGGCAUGGUGGUGGGAGAUUCCUACGAGUCUCAUCUUCAGACCGUGCAUGCGCUGAAAGAUUCCGUGCCUGCUGCAACGCUUGGGCGACGACAGCAUAUUAGGCAGAGCUUGCGAGAGCCCUCACGGGGCUCCCGACGGUCAUCGUGGUUGCAAUGCCUACCUGGGCGUUGCUACUUGGACUGUACUGCCUCCGAGGAGCGUCUGAGUGACUUCUCCUGCUGUCUGUGCCGAUUGGAGCUGCUGAGUGUCGACCACGCUUUGCUGUUGCUGGCAUUGCUUGUUGGCACGACGCUGAUCGCAGUCACGGCGCUUUUCCCAAUUCUAAGCGCUGAUAGGACCUGGCGCAAGGCUGGUGUCGACUUUGCCCUGGACGCGGCGCCCCUAGUGAUCUACGUCGUGUGCUUGGCCGUGCUUCUAGCUCGCAUCGAGCGCAUCAGUGCGCUCAUCGCCAUGCGACGAGAACUUCACCAAGCGCAGGAGAUGCAGACCUUUGUCGGUGCUGUCAAGGACGACUUGCUGUCCUACUGGGCAGCCAUCAGUGACAUAACUGAGCUCUGGUGCAAUCGCACAUUGCCACGCCUCGAGCUUCUCAAGGAGCUGCACUGCCAGUUGAGCUGCACUUCUCCAGAGUUAUUGGAAGCCAGCCUGCGUGACCUCAAUGGUCGUCUGUGUAAGCUGGAGGACGCCGUUGGAGAUGUGAAGGAGUGGUGGGUGGCGCAACAGGAAGGGCGAGCUCCGAAACUGCAGCCGCGAGUAAGCCAGCUUCUCCGUGCACGUACUUUGGACGGAUUGGAGGACGGUCCUGCAAGCUUCUCAGAACGGCUGGAUUCCAUGAUCGGUGAGAUCAGCAGCCAGGCCGUCCCAAGCCAAGGGCCACUUCAGAUGGCUGAUUUUCUGGGCGAGACUGCUGGACAAAGUUUCCAGACGCCGGGACCUCUCGAGGACAUCGAGACCGGUGCCAAGAGACCAUCCCUCCUAUCCUUCAUAGGAGAGCCAGCCGGCCAGGCACCGGAAUCGCAAGGUGACUUGCGGAACCUCGAUUCAUUCUGCGCCAGUUCAAGUGACGGGCCUCGCACGCGCGCCACGUGA